AUGGCGGCUGCGGAUGAGGGCGGCCGUGUCUGGCUGGGACGGAAGGUUUCAGGCUCUGCCUCCGAGCCGGCUGGGACGCUCCCAUGUUCCGGCGCCGAGACGGCGCCUCCCUUCGGCAGCGCCGAGACAUGGCCGCUCAAGCGCUAUGGCCGCUUUGUCUCCCCGGGAGCCCCUCCCUGCGGGGCGGGAGCUUCGGCCUCCUGGAAGGUUUUGGAGUCAAAUGAAGAAUCAGGCUAUCUUAUUCUCACCAUUGUUGUAUCUGGCCAUUUCUUUAUUUCCCAAAGACGGGCAGUACAGGAAGGUUUUUCAUUAAUUGAUGCCCACAAAUGGUUGAAGAUAGUAAGAAGAGCAGAUUGUCUGUUAUUUGGUUCAAAGUUAAAAAAUGAAUGCCGCAUGUUUCGUAUUCAGUUUGGUGGAGAUUCAAAAGAGCAGGCGCUGGAACACUGCUAUAAUUGUGUGCAGAAACUUGCAGACUAUGUAACAGUUCAGGUAACAGAUGAGCAAAGCCAAGAGCUGCACCAAGGUCAUAGUCAGCUGGCUAACCGUGAAAGACAAGUGAAGGACUCCGAACAAAAUACAUCGAUGCUGCAUGGACCAAGUCACGUUAUAGAUAAACCUCCAGCCCAGUCAUGCACAAGCUUUCCAGAGAGACAGAGAUCCGUGACAGAGCUAGCACAGUCUGUGCUGAAAUCAUCAACAUUUGAGCUCCCCCUUGCAUAUCAGCAUUCCGUGUGGACUGCUGAAGAAUUAGGGCCUUUUAUUCGCCUAUGUCUCAUGGAUCAGAAUUUCCCAGCAUUUGUGGAAGAAGUGGAGAAGGAGUUGAAAAAACUGACAGAAGGUUGA